AUGCAACAUUAUAAAAUAUCUAUUUUCAUAACCAACCCGAUAUGGCUGCUCCACAAAAGAAACCAGGCCUACGUAACGUGGAGCUACUUUGUAAUUAUAAAGAUUUAUUGUUUCCCAUAAACUGGUUAAAUGAUUUUAGAAACUAAAGUAAAAUGAGCUUGACACUAGAGUUUCUGCUUCUUCUGAUUGUACUUAUCUUGAGUCACCAUGCUCAUUCUGGCUCUAUUGUCAAAUUCCUUCCUGGUUUUGAAGGCCCCCUUCCUUUUGAACUCGAAACCGGGUACAUUGGUAUUGGUGAGGAAGAGGAAGUGCAAUUAUUCUACUAUUUCAUCAAAUCUGAGAAGAAUCCAGAAGAAGACCCUCUUCUUCUAUGGUUAAGUGGAGGACCUGGAUGUUCCUCUCUUACUGGCCUUCUUUUUGAGAAUGGACCGGUGGCUUUGAAGUUCGAGGUUUACAAUGGAAGUGUUCCAUCUUUGGUCUCUACUACAUAUUCAUGGACAAAGGUAAAAAUGGCGAACAUAAUAUUCUUGGAUCAGCCAGUUGGAUCUGGCUUCUCCUAUUCAAGAACUCCACUUGUUGAUAAAAUUAGUGACACUGGUGAAGUUAAGAGGAUUUAUGAGUUUCUUCAAAAGUGGUUAAGCAAACAUCAACAAUUUUUUUCCAACCCUUUUUACGUUGGUGGAGAUUCUUAUUCAGGUAUGAUUGUUCCACCCCUAGUUCAAGAAAUCGGAAAAGGAAAUUAUCAAAUAAAUCUACAGGGUUAUAUCCUCGGAAACCCGAUAACAGAUACUGAAUCUGAACAAAACUAUCAGAUUCCAUAUGCUCAUGGAAUGGCAUUAAUCUCUGAUGAACUAUACAAGUCAAUGGAGAGAAUCUGCAAAGGAAAUUAUGUGAAAGUGGAUUCACUUAACACAAAAUGCUAUAAACUAAUCAAAGAUUAUCAAAAGUGUAUUCAUAAACUGAAUAAGUAUCAUAUAUUAUUACCUGACUGCGAUAUAACAUCUCCUGAUUGCUUUUUAUAUAGGUAUACUCUCAUAACCUUUUGGGCCAACAACAAGAGCGUUCGCGAAGCUCUGCAAGUCAAUAAGGGAAGUAUAGGAAAAUGGGUACAAUGUAACUAUAAAAAUAUUUCCUACAAUUACGAUAUCAAGAGCAGCGUCGCAUACCAUAUGAAGAAUAGUAUUGAUGGCUACCGAUCUCUUAUCUACAAGUAAGUGUUAAAUCUAAAUUUUUAAGAACAGGAAGUGUUCUAUAUACAACCAGAAGUAGGGGUGUACAAAUUUUUCAAAACCAGAGAGAUCAGAAUUGAAUUGAACUAACCAGAAUUUGUUUUUAAAAAAAGCAAAAACCGAAACUGAUUGUAGUGUGUAUACCAAACUAAAACAAAUGCAACCAAAAUUUAUUAGACCUAUAUAUAAUUGUUUUUUCAUAUAUACAUAGUAAAUAUAAACAUAUGCAUAUUACGUAAAUAAUAUAUAUAUAUAUAUAAAACUUAAAUCAAAAUACAAAACAAAUCGUAGCCAAACCAGAUUACAAGUGGUUUUUAUUUAUCUUCAGUUUCAAUUAACUAUAUUAAAAAGCAAACCCAAGUAAAAUCAUGAAUCGACUUGCCGACUCCUACCAACUAGGUUCAAGAGAUUAUAACAUUUGUGAGGUUUAUGGUGAACAGUGGUGACCAUGAUAUGAUGGUGCCUUUCCUUGCAACUCAAGCCUGGAUAAGAUCUCUCAAUUAUUCCAUCACUGAUGAUUGGAAGCCUUGGAUGAUAAACGAUCAAAUUGCUGGAUACACGAGAAGUUAUUCCAAUAAGAUGACAUUUGCUACUAUCAAAGCAAGUCUUCUUGUGUCAACUUAAUAUUUGUAUUGUCCUUAGACUGCAAUAAAAAAGACUUUGUUUUAAUUGUUUUGAGUUUGUUUUAUUUAUUUUUUUGUUAAAGGGAAGUGGACACACAGCAGAGUAUAAACCAAAAGAGACCUCUAUCAUGUUCAAAAGAUGGAUCAGUGCCCAGCCUUUGUAAAAGAGGAUGAUGGUCUUUGCGUAUGUAGAAUAAAACUAUGUAACAUAAAAAAUGUUUGUAUACAAUAUAAUCAUCUACUUGGUAAUUAAGUACUACCGCUACACGUGAUUUUUUGUUUUGAUGUAGACUACUGAAUCCCUUGCCUGCUUGAAUUCAAAAUUUUAAUUUGUACGACGGACUGUUCACUCAUACAUACCGAUGG